UGGGUGUUGUGUGAUACUACCAUUGGCCGCACUUUGAAGAUGCUGCAGGCGGUGCAUGUCAAGCGAGCCUUUCUACGUGCGUGAAGCUCUGCAGGCGUAGCUCUGCCGAGCGUACUACGUGCGCCCGUGCCGCGAUGAGUGCGCGAGCAUGGUCCGCCCCUUGCUUUGCGCACUCGUUGUAUUCGUGCUCGUGGUGGCCGCGUACCUCUUCCCGCGACUGCCCAGCCACCGCGCGGCGAGUGUCAGCGGCCGCGCGGUGCUUGGACCUCCGCGUUUCAUGACGCGUGAGGGUCGGCCCAGCAAGCUCUCCUUCGAAGACAUGCUACGUGACGAUUUCGAGUUCGACAUGCGCGGCUCGGACGUCAUGGUGUUCUUGCACAUCCAGAAGACGGGCGGCACCGUGUUCGGGCGGCAUCUUGUGCGCGACCUGGAGCUGGAACGGCCGUGCCAGUGCCUGCGCGGCCGCAAGCGCUGCCGAUGUGCCCGGCCCCCGUCGGCGGGCGGCCAGCGCUCGUGGCUUUUCAGCCGCUACUCGACCGGAUGGAAGUGCGGACUGCACGCCGACUGGACCGAGCUCACCGCCUGCGUCGACCACGCCAUGGAUCGCGCCGAGAGGGCACCCGCAAAGCGCCGGUACUUUUAUGUGACGCUCUUGCGGGAACCUGUAGCCCGUUUCUUGAGUGAGUUCCGGCAUGUUCAACGUGGCGCCACUUGGCGAAGCUCCCGUCACCUGUGUGGAGGUCGAGCCCCCACUGCCGAUGAGCUGCCCUUCUGCUUCAAUGGCACAGACUGGAGAGAUGUCACCUUCCAGGAGUUUCUGGCAUGUCCGUCGAACCUGGCCGUGAACCGUCAGACACGCAUGCUGGCUGACCUGACCCUGGUUGGCUGCUACAACCGUUCGAGCAUGAGUGAGCACGAGCGUGACCUGCUGCUGCUGGCCAGUGCGCGCAAGAACUUGCGCAGCACAGCGUUUUUUGGCCUGACCGAGGAGCAGCACCUUUCGCAGCAGCUCUUCGAGGCCACCUUUGGUCUGCGGUUUGUGCGCCCCUUUGAGCAGCUCAACGAGACGCGCAGCACGGCUGCCCAGGGCCGGGUGCCGCCUGACGACCUCAAGGCUGUGCGCAGGUCAUCAAGGAGUGAUGCGAUGAUGGUUGAAACCAAGCUCGCUAGCAAACUCUGGGAAGCUUUCAGUCUGAAAGGACUUAACCACUUGGAUGUACAGCUCUACGACUACGCGCGUAAAUUGAUGUCCGAGCGGCUGCAGCGCCUUAAAGAACGGGGUCCAGUCAGGGGAGCUGAUUGACAUGGCCUGCAGCUUGUGGUGGGAUACCUUGCCAUUGAACCAGCUUUCCUAGCUUUCCUAGUGACUCUGCUGGUGUGUCACCAGCUGCGCAAAGACAAGAAUAGCAAGGUGGUGGUUCCAGUCAUCAGAGGAUGGCCCCAAGGAACAGGAGGAAGGACUCUGGUGGAUACUGUGUCGUACUAAAUGAACGUCCAGGUCUGUGGUUGAAGGUUAGAAACCUGGAGACAAUGCGUGGACCAAAGUAAAAGUUGUAAAAACACGCGGAAAAAAUAUGUUUCGACUCCAACACGGGAGCCUUGUUCACAAGAGAAAUGAAAACAUGUUAAGCAGUUCGCCUUAUGUAUGUUUGAAUAUAUCACGCAGGCGGCAUGCGUAUACUGACGGCAGAUUGCCAUCAUUCCUGUUUGAAGUGUGCGGAGUGGUUUAUAUCAUGAGCUACUCAAGAUAGCGAGAACACAUGCCUUCCCCCAGUCGAUUGUGUGACCACCUGACAAGGGCUCAGCCAAGGCACUGGAUUUACGAUUUCCUUUCUUUACGUCAUGUGCUGCUUGAGGCACCGUUCAAAAUCGUCAUUCUUACCGAUAUACACAUUGUCACAAUAUAUUGAUAUACCGAAGCGAACUGCUUUACACAUGUUUUUGCUUCACUUGUGAACAAGGCUCCCGCGUGAGAGCCAAGAGGUCUUUUUUCCAUGUGCUUUUAAAACUUUUACUUUGGUUGUCGCAUUUUCUUCAGGUUAUUUACCUUCUACCAUGUAUCAUCCCGACCAGACGGGCUUCCCCCUAAUUUUAAACUUCUUCCAGGUCUGUUAUCUCUGCAAGGGCAUUUUGGGACGUUAAACCCCACAAAUCAAUCAAUCUGCAAGGGCAGCUAUUCAGCACGUUUAGUGCAGUGAUAUUGUGGGCUGAAAAAUAAGAGGUCUUGCUCUUACUUGGCCACCCUGUUUUGUUUACUUCAUGUGUCUCUUAGCAAUGUAUAAUUAAACUGCCGGUGUCAUUCUUGUCUGAAAUGCAAGUUUGCACAUUCAUGCAAUUGUUUAAAACUGAAGCCCUUCCACUGCAUUAUAUUUCUAGCAUAAGCUUUGGAAGCAGGCGAGCACUUAUUAAGCAUAUAUUGCAACAAAAAGCCAUUUUGUUUGAUGACUGUUUUUGUUUGCUAAGAAUGUCUGCAUGAUUGAAGUACAGUUGAAGAUUUGAGCAUCCAAGUAUAACAACUUUUUCUGCAAGCAAAGUCUGCCCUAAAUCUUUUAGCUGUAAGCAUUGAAGGUGUGGAGCAGUUUAGCUUAUUACUUGCUGCCCCCAUGGUGACUCUUUUGUUUCACUAAUAAACCCAGUCCUGUGCUUAGUGCGCUGUUACAUUGUA